AUGAGUGGUGGAGGUGGCGGAGGCGUUAGUGUGGGCAUCAGCAGCGGCAGUGGUAGCGGCAGCAGUAGUAGCAGCGCGGCUGCCAUCAAUGCCGCUGCCACAUUGCAUUGUCUCACCUCAGUGGGCAGUAGUCAUAGCAGUGGCGGCAGCGGUAGCAUUAAUGGCAGUGGCAGCAGUGGUGGUGGUGGCGCCGGUGGCGUCGGCAUUGGCGCUAGCAGUGGUGGCAGCGGUCUGGGUGGCGCUGGUGGUGUACAUGCAAGUAUAGGACUCACGGCGAUGGGCAUGGCAGCGGGCUGCGGCGGUGGUGGCGGUGGAUUGAGUGCUUUCGGUAGUGGUGCUGGCAGUUUAGCGGCGUUUGGUGGCAGUGGCGCUAGUAGCAGCAGUUCCAAUGGUAGUGGCGCAAAUCAUCACCAUCAUCAUCACAAUAGUGUAGUUGGUGGCAUUGGCGGUGGCGGCAAUAAUUUGAAUAUAGCAACUGCAACCCUAACGGCUGCUCCAACGCAUAGCGUCGGCGCGAGCAGUGGCUUUGGCAGUUUGGGCGGCAUUAGUGUGGGUGUGGGUGUCGGUAUGGGCAUGGGUAUGGGCGGUGGCAACCUCAACUCUCUUGUUGUUGGUAAUCGAUUAAUGAACACAGGCUUACCGACGAUAUUGAAAUGA